AUAAACAUGGAGAUCUUUAAUUUUAAUAAACAUAGCACUAUUAUCGGCGAACACAUUUUCUAACUUGAAUGUUACGCAAUAUACGUUUAUUCAAACUUUUUAAGUGUUCAUGGUUACUGAACUCUUGUAUCAUUGUUACAUGAAUAAAGUGUUUAAUAAAUUUGCAUUUUUUGUGUAAUCAAAGAAUAUCAGUGUCUAUAGUCUUAAUUAAAAGAAAGAAAAAUGCCUGAACCAAAGAGUACAACUGAAAAUGAGAAGCCCCAAUCAGAAACUAAAUUAUAUAAUGAAGAAUGGAUGUUAAGGCCAUGCGAACUAUAUAAAGAAGAAUAUCAUGAUUGUAAAAGCAUAGCAGCACGCUUUCAUCAGUACUUUGUAUUUGGAGAAUAUCAAGAUUGCACACAAUGGAAGAUUGAUUAUGACAAUUGUCACUUAUGGAAAAAAUAUAAUUCUAAAGAAGCAUUUGACAAAUUAAUAAGCAGUGAGAAACAACGUAGAAUAGCCAGAUUACGUGGUCAUUAUAAUAAUGAUGUUUGGCAAAGAAGAGAUAAACCACCAGAAGACUGGAAUGCACCAUUACCUGACUGGUUAGAAGAAAGAGCUAAAGUUUCCUAUUUAAGAAUUGCAAGUGAAAAACUAAAAAAAGAGAAAGAACAAAAUAAUAUAGAACACAAUAAUAAAGCAAGUUCUUGUACUUUAAUGUGAUAUUUUUAUUUUAAUAAAAAAUUGUUAUUUAUCUAAA